CAAUAUUUCCGGCUCGGCGGCGAAUUUGUAUUUUGAAAACAAAGUUUAAUAUUUCAACUCACAAUUGUUAUCUUUAAAUUCUACAUGUUUGUUAUUGGAAGUCCUUGAACCUAAAAAGUUAUGGCUGACAGUAAUACCAACUUUUUCAGUAAACUGAAAACAGUUUGUAAAAACAUUGAACAGGGAAUAAGUCAGCUUCAGAGUGAGGUAGAAACAAAAACUUCCAGUAGAUCAUCUGGUAAAACUGUAAUGAAAUUGACCAGUCUGAAACAAGAAAUCCAAGAUAUGAAGGUGGAAGGGAGACAGAAAUGUCAAUCUUUAGAUUUAGAAGGGAAGAAAUUCAAUGAAUUAAUGGAAUGCUGUCGUUCCUUGUUAGAUAUACAGAAUCAUAAACUUCAUAACAUUGAAAUUUUCAUGAAUCAAUAUGGCUACCGAGACUAUAUAUCAAAAGAACCAAAGGCCGAAAAACAGGAGGAAGAUCUUGAUGAAAAAGAUGAAAUGAAAGAAAAUGAGAAACCUUCAACACCCCCUCAGGAAACAAAACCAGACAGAAAAAGAACGCCCAAACCAGAAGAUUUUGGAAUAAGCAGCUAUACCCUGAGGGCUAUGGAGAGAGGAUUUAAUACAAUACAACAAGACCCACAAAUAAGAUCAGUACCACAUUCGGAAGCAAGAAUACCUUCUUUAUUCAACCAAGAUGAUUUUGUCUCUCUGACUCCCAGCGUAUUUGGCAGGCAUGUUCCUUUCCACACACCAGGAAAGUACCAAGAUGCUAGUCCAUCUUUCCAUGAUUUCUUCACACCUGCAGACAAAAGAUCAAAUCGAGAACAGAUUUAUGGUUCUGACUUUCCUAAAGUUAAUUUAAAUAACAAUAUGAAUAUGGCCAGCCCAGAAGCUCCAGUAUUUCAGACACCAGGAAUAAAACAUCUUGGACAAAAAGACCAUUUUGAAAGGACAGGACCUGCCAUUUCCACAAUAAACAACUUAAAUAGAGCACCAAUGAAUAGUCCUCAGUUACCUGUGUUUCAAAGUGAGAGUGCCAGAAAGCUUAUGGUGAAAAGUAGUAAACCCCAGCCAGAUGUGAAAACUAGUAGAGCAAAACUGUAUGAUGACCUCCCACAGACCCCAGAAUUUACAGUGAACCUAAAAAGUAUUACUGAUACAGAUAUUGACAUGCCUAAAGAAUUCAAGCCAUUAGCAGAGAGAUUAGGACAUGAUGUAACCAGCAACAUCACGCCACCUAUGCCAGAGAUGUUUUCUGACAAACAUUCUAAACUUAAUAGUGAAUGUAAACAACAGAUCAGAGACUUGAGUAAAACACCACCGGCUCCAAAAUUUUUAUCAUCAUAUGCAAAUAAUCUAGUCUAUAAAAAAUAGAUUUGAAAAAAAUGGCUGAAA